CGUGACGUCAUCCAAAUCUUCCUGUUCACUUCCGGACAUAUGUGGUGUACCGCUUUCAAAUCCAAAAUGUAAACAGUGUGUUUACCGUUUUACUCAGCAACCUUAUACUAUAAACAGCUACCCCGUGGACACCGUUGUGGAUUAUCUCGGUUUUACUGUCAGCCAGACCACAAUUGGAACCUGCUAGAGCACAAUGCUAACAUCAACAAGGUGUCAACUUCUGACAACAACUGACUUGUAGUCGUCCAGAUGACAGACGUCGGUGACGAGAUGGCUUCUGUUCGCUGGGCUUUUCGCUGCGGCUCAUGGACACCGAGCAGGUCCGAAUGGUUGUUUGCCGCUCGUUGUGUUCAGCAGGAGGAGAAAGACCGAGUUGGAAAGUUUGUGUUCGCAAAAGAUGCUAAGUCAGCCAUGGCUGGUAGAUUGCUACUGAGGAGAUUCGUGUGUGAGAGGAUGCACAUUCCAUGGGCACAGAUCCGCCUGGAAAGAUCAUCCAAAGGGAAGCCAUACUUGGCUGCACCACACACAGUCAGCCCAGAUUCGGGCGUGGACCCUCUGACCUGGAGCUUCAACAUCUCCCACCAAGGGGACUAUGCAGUGCUCGCCGCUGAGAAGGGGAUGCAAGUUGGGGUGGAUAUCAUGAAGACAUCCAUGCCUGGUAGCAGCAGCGUACCAGAAUUCUUCCGCAUCAUGACUCGUCAGUUUACGCCAUAUGAGUGGAGCGUCAUCCUUUCGGCCGGCUCCGAGUACCAACAGCUCGCCAUGUUCUACCGCCACUGGGCCUUGAAAGAAAGUUUCAUCAAAGCCAUUGGCACAGGACUGGCUUUUAAUCUGCAGAGAGCGGAGUUUCACCUGUCUUCUGAACUGCUCACAGAGACCUCUGUACUCCGCCAGACCAGAAUGCACCUGGAUGAAGAGGAAGAAGAGGACUGGGUGUUUGAAGAGUGUUUAUUGGACUUGGAGCAUCACGUUGCCGUAGCACUUGGACCAAUAAAGACACCACCCUCCAUGCAUUCUACCUCAUCUCUUCCCACUCCCGUUGCGUUCACACAGCUGUCCUUUACUGACCUCAUCGCCUCCGCCUCACCUUUGACUGAAGAAGACCCCGCCUACUGGGUGAGCUUCCAAAUGAAGACCGAAGCACCCUUGAGACAGAGAGACGCAAAAUAAUGGUAAUGGUUUUAUUUCAUUUGAACAUGCAUCACAUUACAAUUGAAUGCAUCACAUAAUCAGUUCACAGUUCCACAUGUCCAAAAGGAGUAGGAAGAAGCAAAGCUUAUUAAAUCCUACCCCUCCAUCUGGUACUUUUACAAUCAGUAAACAUUUGUUCACUUCCUGCUUUCCAUAAUGCUGUUUUUUAUGUAAUAAACUGUAAUAAUGUAGCAAUAAUGACCAAAAUCACAGUGUUGUCUCAGAUCCCGGUGUACUAUAUUCCCCAUGGGCAGUGUACCGCAUCACCGGUGACUUACCCCCACACUGAGGCGUUCCGGUUGGAUUCUCGUGAUGAGGAAUGUAGUUCUGAUUAGUCGGUGGGCCACAGCUUCCUGACAGACGUAACAAAAUCUCGGCAUUACUAUCUCUCCCGUCGUAUCACUGCAUGCUAGCAUUGCCUAGCUGUUGUUCUCUAUGUGUUCCAUAGUGUUGACAUGCAGGGAAGAAGACCAUUGCCUCGCAGGGGUCUUCAUCGGCUGUGGAACACAUACACAACUAUGGAAAGGCCACAGCGCAAUGUUCAUUUCACUUAUAUCAGAAUCAUUGUGAUGUUUUGUUCAAAUUCCAACCUUUGGCCCUUAUGAACCCCUUCUCAUAUUGCAUUUAUAUACUGUACUUUUUAUAUCAGCUUUUGGCUCAUAUUCCCGUUCUCAUCAUUAAUCUAUUUUUGGCAGGGACAUUCAGUUGGCCGUCUCCGUCAGCUUUAGAUUUUCUCAGACUUUUGGAAAAAGUGAUUAGAUGGUGCGUUUCUAAGGGCAACCUCCUCUGCUGAAUGAUGUGCAUUGCAAGGCUAAUGCAAAUAGCAAAACAACUUGACCUCCAAACCCUGCUCUCAAGAAAGCGUAGGAUCGAUUCAUGUACCCCUGAAGGAAAAAAAAUAUAGUGUUUGAACUGCACCGACCUCACACACUGGAACCCUGACUUUGACCUGUUCUGUGUGCCACAUCGCAACAUUGUGUCGUGUUAGAAGGACAUAGGAUUCAAGGUGUUUAUCAUUCCAGGUUUUUUUGGUCGCCAGCCAAUCACAGGGCACAUAUAGACAAACAACCAUUCACACUCACAUUCAUACCUAUGGACAAUUUGGAGUCGCCAAUUAACCUAGCAUGUUUUUGGAAUGUGGGAGGAAACCCAUGCAUGCACGGGGAGAACAUGCAAACUCCAAACAACCAAACGGAGAUUCGAACCCAGAUCUUUCAGAUCCAAGCGUUGCCAUGGUAAAUGUUCAGUUUUCUGCAUCACUUCACUUAUAGGAAGAGCAGCAAAUGGUCAAAGAAUUAGAAAUGGUUCAUCAUUUUUUGCGGCUCAGCGCUUAUGUGUGGUGAAGUAUAAACAGCUCUUAAACUACUUCCUUAACCACAGCAAAGUUAGCCAAGUACAUCUAUUUCCCAGUUUUCCGGCUUUAAGCCACAAAAUUCAAAGCGCGACAUAAACCGAGGAUUUACUUGUAGAUGAUUUGUUUUUCAGCUCAGCAAAAUAAAACUCGGGUCUGUAGAUAGAAAAUAAGACAUUUACUUAUUAUGUAAGUAUCGGUCUAUAAAUAUGUUAAUGCACUCCUUUUUAUUGCGAUGAAAGAAAUAGAGCUUGAAGACACAUACUUGCAGUCAUUGCCUCCAGCUGGCCUGAAUUAGUUUGCCUCCUCACCAUCUUAAAUCUUACAUGGAGGUCAGUCUGGAGUCACACAUCUUUAGUAGACCCUGAUUUAAUAGCUUUUGGACACAAUACCGCGUGAAUCAGGAACGAGAGUCCGCCAUCGGGCAAUGUGGUUCAGGAUUACAGAAAGAGACCUGUUACAGAUAUGACGCUUACUGAUCAAUGUUUGUGUCAAGUUUCUUAUGAAGUAAAUCCAUAGAAACAAGCAACAGACAUAGGUGUAAGAAUUAGGGGUGCUCUGAUCGGUAUCACAGUUAUAAAGCAACUUAUCCUUCAUCUUUACUUCAAUUCCAUUUAGUAUCCUACAACCAUUCAGUGGGUCCGUGUGCACUAAACCAGUGGCAUACUCAACGAAACAGAACGCGGCCGUUAAUCGAGAUAUUCAUUUCAGCAGUGUUUACCCCACAAAGGCAUCGUCUAUUGAUUUACUGCGGUGUCAACAGUAGAUUUUGUUACACCGGUUUAGUCGGAAAACACAUUCAAAUGGUUUAUUUCCUCAUGGAAACGUGAUACAACUUUUAAAAAUACACCUUUGUCGUGCAAUAAAUUCCACAUGGCAAUUCUAUGUUGCUCACCUUAUUUAGGCUUUCAUGUUUAUUUUACACUCAUCCUCAAUGUUCCUUUAUAUCAUUUUCCAUCCUCAAUAAUGUUCCCAUCAUUACAUAAAUAGACCGCACUCCUAAAUCUGCCCUCCAAACCUACUGUAUGUGUACGUGCAGCCAUCACUUUUGUUUAUUUUUCCCCAGCUCCUGAACAUGCUCGGUGCAGCGCAACUUGUGAUUAGAAAGUAACCGCACAUUUGGACCUUAUUCUUACAUAUACAACAAUUCUACUUAUAUCAGAAGUUAAAUGUGUUUUUAAUCGAUGUAUCCAAUAAUUCCAUUAUCCAGUGCCAAAAUAAAAAAUAGCAAGUAAAAAGUCUCCGGUGGGAUUAAGCAUAUCUUCCCAGCGCCUCAUCAUCAUUACAUUUUUUUAGUAGUUAAGUUAGAAACAAGAUGUUCUAAAUCAAGCCAACCUGACCUCUAUAACCUCGUGUAUACAAACAAAGCAGACUGUAAGAUAAUAGCUUGAACAGAGCAGGGUUCAUAAAGUCAGGACUGGAAGGGGUUUGCUGUGGAAGAGCUCAUCAAACACUGGCGUGGAUAGAAUUAUUCAGGUGUAUCUGUAAUAUUGUAACCGUACAUUGUGAAUAAAUGAUUUGAAUGGUAGACAGUGACAUGUCAUUAAGUGUGUAAUGCAUGUAUGAAUCAUAAAAGGUGAUGUUAGAGGUUACAAGACAACCUGCUUAUAUGCAGUGUACUGUUUGCACAAAAUCCUACUAAAUUCUUGUUCAUUGGCUACACACACACACAAUGCUUUACCCUCCCGGUGUCAAUACGAGCUGAUCCAUUAUUAAACAAGCACCACAGAUACACACUUAAACAUAAAUAUUGAUUUGUACAGUGUCCCGAGAGUGUGGCAAGAGUGAAGCAUUCAAUUAAGCAAAGAGGGGAAACCGUAACUUCAAGGAUUCAGUACGCUAAAAACAAUAAACAUGACAACAUCCAUCCAUUUGCUUUAGCACUUCAGUCAGCUGGAGCCUAUUCCAACUGACUGGAAACACCACCGACUGGUCAACGGUCAAACGGUCAAUCACAGGACACGUGUAGUAGUGGUGUGUCGGUCAUGAACGAAUGGGUCAAAAGAACUAGUUCUUUUUUGUGAACGGAAUGAACGAGGUCACCGCCUCUAAAAUACCCGUUCAGUCUGUUCAGUUGCAAAUGCUUUUUUUUUUUGAUUGGCUGGAGAGUCAGUACACCAUUCCUUUUGCAGAGCGGGGCGUGAGUGGGGUUUGCUGACUGAAAGACCGAGACUGAGACAUUGACCGACAGAUGAGUCGAAACGAAUGUGAACAUGAGUGAACGGACUGACUCAACACAGCUGGCCAGGUCUAUGCCCAGGGGGAGAUCACAGGCUACCGAAAAAUUGACCGAAAUGAACGGAUCUUUUUACUGAAUGAACCGGCAUCAUCUGGUUCACUGAAAUGAACGGUUUUGCCCAUCACUAACAUUUACACACUUAAUCCUCACUAGGGUCGCAAGGGUAUGCUGGAGCCUAUCCCAGCUGACUUCGGGCGACAGGCGGGGUACGCGCUGGAUUGGUCGCUAGCCAAUCACAGGACACAUGUUCACAUUCUUCAAUCAAUCAAUGAAUCUAACGAUACAUGAUAAUAAUCCACCAUGGUGUUAUUAGUAUUCAAAAAUGGACGCUGAGGUCAACUUUGUUGACAUAACGUUCCAAUAAUGUUGUCACCUAAGUCAACAUACAACAAGAUUACCACAAUUGUUAGAUAAUAUGAUGUAUGAAUUAUUGUAAUAUUAGCAAAAUAACUAUGAUGGACAACAUAAUGUGCAUAAAUCAGCCUUUUAUUGGUGCCUACAAAACAGCACCACCUGGAAACAAGUCAACUCCUCAGUAAGAAAAGUAGUCAUUGGCUGCCCGAAAAGUUGCCAGACGCUAAAUUACACAAUUGUCUAAUUUGCAGAAUUAGCAAUUUCCUGUUUGUGUACUCACUUAUUAGCGUUAAAUCCUCCAAUUUCGGAUCAACAUUUCAUCAAACGUAACAGUAAGGUCAUAACCCAUCCUGCUGGAGCCUAUCCCAGCUGACUUCACCACUUGACAACAUCAAGAGGCAUCAAGUACUGUAAAACGCCUUGCUUUUAUUUGGGUAUUUAAUCAAUUUCACUAUUGUUUUGUCUGUUGCUUCUAAUCAGGAAGUUUAUCCAUUAGUUGGGAGCUCGUUUCUCACCGUAUCAACGACAGGCAAAGGCUUGUAAAAACAUGGACAGGAUGACACAGUGUCUCCGUGUCGACGUUAUGCAGCCUGCAUACACACAAAGUACAUUCCUCGCUCUCUUCCGACCACCAAAGGUUGAAAAAUUAUCAAAACAGCGAUAUAUUCCCAUCGUUUUCUUCUCAAGGCAUGUGCUUGGAUGUGCAUAGAUAUGCACACACACACACACACACACACAAGCAAAGAGGUCGCUGCUGGAUUGUUGUUGCAGCUGAAAGAAAGAAGACGAAUACAGCGUGUUCGCAAAGGUCAAAAGUCAACCAGGCCAGAGGAAUGUUUACUGCCGGAACAUAUUUAAAUUUGAACUUUAAAGGCUUGUGUUGUACAAAGGAUUUGAAUCCUCAAUUUUUUCACUUCAAUCUGCAAAUUAUUUAUUCAUUUUUUUGUUGUUUCUUUGUUGUUAAUUGGCUUUGCAAUAAUAAUAAUACUGACAGUCAAGGCCAGCAAAGCCUUCUCUGAUGGCCUAAGCACUAGCAGACGCACUGACCUAUGUGUACGACUUCCAUUGAAAUUCAUUCAUUCAUUUUCUAUAGCUUAUCCUCACAAGGGUCGCGGGGGUGCUGGAGCCUAUCCCAGCUGUCUUCGAGCGAGAGGCGGGGUACACCCUGGACUGGUGGCCAGCCAAUCACAGGGCACAUAUAGACAAACAACCAUUCACACUCACAUUCAUACCUAUGGACAAUUUGGAGUCGCUAAUUAACCUAACAUGUUUUUGGAAUGUGGGAGGAAACCGGAGUACCCGGAGAAAACCCACGCAUGCACGGGGAGAACAUGCAAACUCCACACAGAGAUAGCCGAGGGGGGAAUUGAACUCGGAUCUCCUAGCUGUGAGGUCUCCGCGCCAACCCCAAAGCUACCGAGCUAGUCUCGGUCUCAGACCAGUGCUUACAAGUGGUACUGUAUAAUUCCCUUAUGUCCACUGGGCCGCCACCAGUUGGUGCCAGAUAAUGUGAUUGGCACGUAGUGGCUCGCUGUGGCGCCAAAUUAAUGUUCACUCUGCAUUUUGCCGUUAUUCGGCUCCACAGCGAGCCACUACGCGCCAAAGAUUAUGUGAUUGGCACCAACAGUGGACUCUUAGCAUCAUUGGCGCAACUUGCCUCGCGCCAUUACAUUCCAGUGGAUUCCAAUAGGUGGAUUGUUUGUGACAUUUGGUUCCACUUGGUGGACACUUCACGCCAAAUGGCACGACAAAGAUUUCAAAUUUUUUUGAAAUUUUCUUGCAGACAAACUCAAUUUUACGGGCCACCACAAACCAUUUGGGAGGCAGUUUGAGCCACUGCACGCCACUAGGCACCUUAUUGGCGACACCAGGCGCCACAGCAAAUUGCAUUGGCACCAACUGGCACCAGCCCAGUGGAUUAUUAGCAUUACUCUAGUGAGUUUUUACGUUUUUAGUACAACUCUCAUGUCAUAAUGGUAUAAAUCAUCGUUAAUAUUUAAAAAAAUACACUCGAUAACAUGGUAUGGAGUUAACGAGCGAGGUUUCUGCACAUUGAGGAUGAAUAUUGUAACAAUCUGUCUGGACACUGCAAGGCCUUUGUCGAAGAUUUCACCGUGUUAGCACAGUUUGUUCGGUUGUGAGGGAAAGCUAACUCACCUAAAGAGGCAAGCAUCAGGGAGAAGUGGUUGGAGUGGCUCGGACCUUUAAUUGGAGACUCUAUAUGUGAAUGCCAGGGUGUAUCCAGUCAGCCGGAAUAGGCUCCAGCUCACCCGUGAUCCCGACCAGAGAAGAAGAUGAACUCCUGAUUUGACAGUUAAUGUCAAUAUUAUGCACCGAUACAAAAGUGAACACAUCACAUGCACACUGUUUGCACUAAUAAUACAUUCAGUCCAUAAUUAAUGCCCAAUGAUUUGAUUACACAGCAAUGUGAUUCUUAAUGAGAAUCUAAUGGGAGUGCUGUAAUGAAGUUAAAGGAUGUUCCAGGAAGUGAGAAGACAUACACAAACACUGCUUCUUCACUGCUAUGAUUACACAAAACGAUGGCGGGAGCCCAUGUUUACUCCGGCUAACAUUUACACAGCAAAGCAGAGACCAGCAGAUGCAAAGUCGGAGCUCUCACACGUACUGUAACAAAUCUGUCACAAAAUACGUCUGCUGUAGAUCACCCAGGACAGAUUAUGAAGUCAAACCCAAAUGUUGUUGCCUGCUGUGUCUUUCUAGUAAUCCUGCACUGGAUAGUAUUAUAUGCUGAUCUGAGAUUAAUCAGGAUUUUGCCAUGUGAGACUUCUCGGAAACUGAAGUGAUGGUUCACUAUAGAGCAGGGGUCUCAAACAUGCGGCGUGGCCCCCGCCUUGAUAUGAAAGUUUAAUGUUAGUGCGGCCCGCGCAAGUUUGAUAUGGAUGCUGUAUGGUAUCAUGUACCCAGAAAAAAUUAUUACAUUUAAUUAAUGUUCAUGUUAAAGGUUAAAUAACUGUUAAUAGUUAUCCUCCCUAUCCGUGUGGAAGUGGUAAGUUUUUGGCUAUUUAAGUUUAAAGGAAAUAACUUGUAGGCUACCGUUUAGGUCGCUAGCUCUCUAGUUUGCGAGUUAGCAUGUGUCUCAAGACCCUGCAGUUGUGCAAUAUGUUGUAAAUAAAAAGAGUAUAAAUGUGACUAUAGUCGUGUUUUGUCAUGUCUACAGGGCUCUAAUAAUGCUUUGUUCAUUUUAAUCUGAAAAAAAUAAUUUGUCUACCCACCAACUAUAUGUGGUUUCUUGAGUUUUUAUUAUUUGCCGUUUUAUUAUUAUUAUUAUUAUUAUAUUUAUUUAUUACUGAUUGAUUGAUUUUCUUUAUUCUUGAUUUGUUUAUUUAUUUUUCAUCUUAUUUUGUGCAGAAAAAUACAAAUUAAGAUAUUUGAGAACAGUGGAAUGUUUUAUCAGAGCUUUCAUUGUAGAAAAUCGGAACCAAAGCACUGAAAAAGUUUGUAUAUUUUUCUGUUUUUAGUAAAUGCGUUUUUUUUUUGGGGGGGGGCCUGAUGCGGCCCAGCCUUGCCCACACCCUAGCUCCAGUGGCCCGCAGGUAAAUUGAGUUUGAGACCCCUCUAUAGAGAGUAAAACUUUGACUGCAUGCAUUUAGAUUUUCAAAGGAGUUGUGUAGCCCUUGGACACACGCAACUCUGCAAGGUUUCCCCCUUGGAGCUUUUAAUAUGCAUGGAUCAACUCUAAUCCUCAAUCCCACUCAUCUUUUUUUCACCCUGGUGACCCUGAUUGAAAAUAUCAAGGGGAGGCCAUGCGGAUUAGCGCUCGGCUCGUCUACAGUAACGGUUUGGGCCUUGGCGUUUUCACACUUUCACACCACAAGAUAAAGAGUGGGCCUUUUCAAGUGGGGGCAAUGUUGACAGAACCCCAAGCCGAUGUUUUCCCAACCUUUACUGAGACAAGGCACAUAUUUUACAUCGGAAAAAUCUCACGGCGCACCAACAAACAAAAAUGUUGGAUGAAUGGCAACUGGACACGCAGGUUAAUGAUGCAGUGGAAGGAAAUAGGAUGUCUUUGUUCUGCCUGUCACUGUACAUUGCCGUCAUAUAUUCAUGAACAAAGAUACGUUAUUUCUAGUAAAUAAAGAAUCAUUUACGGACCAUUUCUUGAAAUAGAAAUGAUAUUCUUAAAAUUCGAACAUCAUUUGGCCCGACAGUCUUGCAGUUCAGCACAACACCAUAGCUCACUCUGCAAACUGAAAAUAACCAGUGCCACCAAACGCAUCGUCCCUUUGGAAUUGUGUAUUUUGUCCAGUUCUUCAUUCGCAAUGGUUACCGUGCUCAGUUUUUUGCCUAGAGGUCAAACAACUUAAAAAAAUGGAUUGUACAUUGCACGAUGGAAAAGUGGUUAGCAUGUACGCCACACAGCUAGGAGACCCGGGUUCGAUCCCCCACUCUGUAUGGAGUUUGCAUACAUAUUAGGUUAAUUAGCGACUCCAAAUUGUCCAUAGGUAUGAAUGUGAGUGUGAAUGGUUGUUUGUCUAUAUGUGCCCUGUGAUUGGCUGUCUCCCAGCCAAACAGCUAGGAGACCCAGGUUCGAUUCCCCACUCUGUGUGAAGUUUGCAUACAUAUUAGGUUAAUUGACGACUCCAAAUUGUCCAUAGGUAUGAAUGUGAGUGUGAAUGGUUGUUUGUCUAUAUGUGCCCUGUGAUUGGCUGUCCGGGUUCGAGUCCCCACUCUCUGUGAAGUUUGCAUACAUAUUAGGGUUAAUUGGCGACUCCAAAUUGUCCAUAGGUAUGAAUGUGAGUGUGAAUGGUUGUUUGUCUAUAUGUGCCCUGUGAUUGGCUGGCCACCAGUCCAGGGUGUACCCCGCCUAUACCCCGUAUACCCCGGUAUAGAAAAUGAAUGAAUGGGUGAUUUUGAGCUGCUGCAGGACAAUGGUCGGGAAUUACUGUCCCAGGCAACAUGAACGCAACACGGCCUUGUUGUGGGUGAAUAAAUAAAUAAGACAAUGGUCUGAGCGAUAGGCGUGAUAAAUGAGAGGACAUUGAGGAAGACUGAUUUAUGAGUGUGUGUGUGUGCGAGGAGACACGCCCUGACAGCAUGAACAUAUGAACCCCAACAAAGAUGGAGGAUUUACCAUAUAUACAGUAUAUCUUCGGCUUUUUUAACCUGCACCCAUACUAUUUUAUUAUCAUAUAUUAACAUAAAGGAAAGAGUAAACAUUUUCACAAGUUCUUGUGCUUGACGUGAAUUUAUUUAAAAGUCAGGCGAGUCAACCGUAAAGACUAAAUGAUAGCAUGAAAAGGAAUAUUUCAGUGCCAUGUUAAGCCAGCAGGUCCGUAAUAACACAAUGUUGUAUAAAUCCUUCCAGUGUGGAGUCAAACAGAAAGACAAACACAGCCAGCAUUCUUCAAUGCUCACACAUCACACUCAAGAGAUCACAGAGUGUCUCCUUUACACAUGCAGCCAUGAACGAGCUCUGCAUAAUUCAUGAUCAUGCAGAGUGGUUAGCCCCCCCACCCCCCCACCCCCCACCCACUACACACACACACACUAACACCGGGUCAAGAUGUUUCAACUGUCGGCACCACCAUUACUUAACUAUUAUGAUGGACACCGUGUGUACACAACAUGACCUUUGUCCGUCCAUUCAUACCUGUGUGUGCAUGUGUGUGUGUGUUUAUGUGUGUGUGUAAUUAGAUGUGCAAUGUUAUGCCACAACCCAUAGACAUUAGUGUAAUCACAACGUAUUAGCAUACAAGGGAUGGAGGGUAAAAACGAACAACGGUAUCACACCGGGGGCCUGCGAUACCAAACCACUUUAACUAAUCCAGGGUCUCUGAUUGGACAGUGGGCGGUGCUUAUAUCAGCUCUUAUCCACAAAUCAGGUCCUCCGUAUCAGUUACCAUGGUGAUGUAUCCUGCUACAGCAUUUAUAGAGCAUAAAAAAAACAAUUUACGACCUUUUAUAUACAGUUAUUAGAGCCCUGUAGACAUGAAAUAACACCCCUAUAGUCAGCUUUAUACUUGUAUUACCCAAUAUAAUAGACUGUGUCAUCAAUGUAACAGUACUGACACUAUGAGACCAGUGUAGAAUACUACUGGUGGGGUAAUAGUAAUAUCAAAACUGAAUAUUUAUUUGAAUAAAAUUUAAUACCAAAUUACAUACCAAUAUAUAAUAUACUAAUACCAAUAUACCAUAUAUAUAUAUAUAUAUAUAUAUAUAUAUAUAUGGUGUUGGUAAUACCAUAGCAAUAUAUCAUUGAUCUUUCUAUUCAUGAAAUUCAGUUAAAAAAUAGGCAUAUUUCAUAGAUGCGAGUGUGAUUAAUCAUGAUUAAUUAGUUACAAAUUUUAAUCUUUUGACGGCGGUAAUUUUUUCCCUUCGACUAAGAAGUGUUUGUUUAAGAAAAGUCUCCAGUUUCCUGAGCAAGCAGAAGUCUCAAUGUACUCACUUCUUUGUGAUGAAAAGUGUCAGCUUCCUCUCUAAAACUACUGCAUCCUGGGUUGACAUUCACAGUAGCGGUGUAGCUGUCCUCGUUUGUUUACGUUGCGGCGACUGUGACCCAGGUUGACACCUUCGGUAGUUUUGACAAAAUCUGUUUGUUUUCCUCUCGGCUUCUUCCAUCCACUGGGGGAAACUCUGUGGGGACAAGUUUGUUUUUACUGUCAUCUGUAAGUAUUUCCUGACACUUUACACGGCACAAUUAAAGUUGCACAACACAUACAUAGGACUGACUUUCUCGAACGGCACGGUAACUGCUCUACUCCUUAUUUCUAAAAUCACAAAUACUUCUACUUGCUGAUAUAGUUCAUCUUAAAUUUUUACAUUUUUACAUUUUUAAGUUUAAAAAUGUUUAAUGUGAUUAAUCAUGAUUAAGAAGUGUUUUU